AAAAAGAAAAUAUUUAUGAAAAUUCCUUAGAUAUUAAAAUUGGACAAAAUUUCUGUGAAUCGCAUAAUAGCUCACAGUUGUACAGUAGCGCCACAAUACGGAUGUUAUGGAAAUUUCAAUAUGCAGAAUAUCCAGCAAAUAAUAUAGUUUUCAUUCACUAGGUAAGUUCUGCUUCUAGUUAAUGAAAACAUGUAUCAUUCGUAAAUUGUGCUGUAUUUGUAAGUUGUUAAAUGACAUUUUUUUUAUAUAAGAUUAUAGUAACGAAAGUUUAAACAUGAAUGACUUUGCAAAGUCUCAGCUUAUGAAAUAUGGCUGGACGGAAGGUAAAGGUUUAGGUAAAUAUGAAAGUGGCAUUACAGAACCUUUAAAACAAAAAUUAAAAUUUGAUACAGCAGGAGUGGGAUAUAAAGAUACAGAUUGGAAUAAUUGGUGGGAACAUGCUUUUAACAAAGCAGCUAGUAGUAUCAAAGUUGAAUCACGAACUGAUGAAGUUUCAAUAUCUGUUUCAAAAGAAAAUACAACUAAUGAUCUUCCUAAAGAAGAGUUAAAUAAAAAUGAAUCUAAAUAUGGAAAUUUUCUUAAAACUACUAAAUUAUUUAAUGGCAACUUAAUACUGAUAAGUAGUUCUAAUAUGCAUAAAAAACAAAAUAUUGAAGAAAAUAUCAAACAUGUUCCUUUAACAGAUGAAGAGUUAUUUAAAUUAUGUGGUGGUAGAACUGCCCAUAAAGGAGCCAGGCAUGGAUUACAAUUAAAUGGAAAAUUGAAAAGAAUUGCCCAACAAGAAAAGUAUUUAUUAAACACUACAAAAUUGGAAAACAAUAUCAUAUCCCAUAAUAAUGAAUAUGAAGAGAUUAAUGAUGAAAACAUAGUAUUGCCAAUGACUUCUACUGAAAGUGUAAUGAUUCCAAAAGGAUGUAAAACCACUAAUAAAAAGAAUAGAAGACUUAUAAAUAACUUAAGUCAUCAAUUAAAUAUUUUAUGUAAUGUAAGCGAUAGUGAUGAAAGAAAUAUACAUGCCACAGUAAAAGGAGAAUUAAAACAGGAAAAUAAAAAAAAAUGUAAAAAGAGGAAAAGAAAGAAAGAAAAGAGAAGUUCAAUUUCUUGUGAUAUUGAAAGUGCUGAAAAAGAAGAAGAUAAUACAUUAAAUUAUGUAGUGCAUUCUGUAGCUAAAAAAAACAUUCAGGAUCAAGUAAAUGAUCAUACUGAAAAUGAAUAUACAGAUACAUUUUCACCAACAAAAAAAAGUAAAAAGAAGAAGAAUAAAUUAAAAAAGAAGAAAGAUCAAGAUAAUCAAUAUAAUCUCACUAAUAUCACUGAUACAUGGGAAGAUGAAUUGCAUGGUUCUCAAGCAAAGAAAUUUAAAAGAUCACACAAAAAUGAUUUGCCUUUGAUUAAAGAUGAAGAUAUUAAAACAUUAGAGAUCAAAUUUCAAACAGAACUUUCUUGUAAUGAAUUAGCUGUAAAGCAAGUUGAUACAACCAAGACACUUCCAGAUAUAUCAGAUGCAUACUUUAAAAAGAAAGUGGAUUAUUUAAAUACUAAAAUAAAGAAAAAGAAACUGUCAAAGUUACAUAAAAAAGAAAAGAUUAAAUUAGCUAAAUUAACAGAAAGUUUAGAGGCUGUACAUUUUAAUACCGAAGAAUCUACUCCAAAAAAAUAUUCCAAAAUAGAAUUAAAGGAAGGAUUAGAGAAUUUAUCUAGUAUUGAUUUUAAAAGGGAUCCAAUUUUAAAAAAAAAGGAAAAAAGGGGCAAUUAAAUUCUUAACAAAUUUUAAAAAAGAAUAUUGUCCCUAAAUACACAUAUACUUAUAAAAUCAUUUGUAAUAAUUGUGUAUAAAUAUUUAUGCAUACAAUAAUUAUGUCGUAAUACGUAUAAGAUA